AUGGCGAUUGCACGGACCUUGGAUGAUUAUAAGCUUCAUACAGAGGCACUUCAGAGCUUCCAGCGCGCAGCGGAUUUGAGCCCGAUCGAUGAUGUUUGGCCGCAUUUCAGGUUAGGCAAUUGUUUAUACUUGUUAGGGAGGUUGAAUGAGGCUAAGGUUAGCUAUAUGUUGGGUCUGGAGUUGGCAUCAAAGAUUACCAAUUCGAACAGGUGGUUGGAACUGUUGCCAUCGCUACACUUCAAUUUGGGGAUUGUUUUGCAAGGAGAAGGGAUGUUGCUCAGUGCAAGUGAGCAUUAUCGUGAAGCCGCAAUUCUGUGUCCAACACAUUAUCAGGCUUUGAAGCUCUUGGGGAGUGCAUUGCUUGGAUUAGGGGAGUAUAGGGCAGCAAAGAAGGCAUUGGAGGAGGCAGUGUUGUUGAACCCAAAAUACGCAGAUGGCCAUUGUGAUCUUUGGUCAGUUCUUCAUGCACUGGGGGUGGCUAAGAGGGUAAUUUGGAAGUUCAAUAGGGCCAUUGAUCUAAAUCCCACCAGACAUUGGGAUACGAUGUACAAAUUUGCUCGCUUGUUUGAGUAUUUUGGUUUAGAGUUUAGGGCUGCAGAGAUGUAUCUGAGAAUUAUGGGGAUUCAGAUUCAGCCAAACCAUUGGCAAGCCCAAGUGAAGCGAACAAUCUCACUGUUCAAAGCAGGGGAAUCUGCAGAUGCAAAUAAUUUGUUGUGGUUGUUGUGGGAGGUCCUCAAGAAGACAAACAGGGUUCAAUUAUAUGAUACAAUUGCAUAUAAGAAAAAUCAAGGUGGCCACUUGAGUACAUUGGCUAAGAUAAAGAAGGGUUUGGCAAAUGGAGUGGACGUGAUUGUCAUGAAAGCAUUUGGGAAAACCGCAAGGAGGGAGUGUCUUGCCGAUGCCCUUCACAUCAGGGACUUCCAGAGGAUCACUGGACUUCAUCGAUGUGAUGUUUCUCUUCUGAAUAAGGAGAGUGAGGAGCCAGAGAAAUCAAUAGAGAAGGCAGCAAUAGAGGUGAUUUUACGCAAGUUGCUUCACUUUCUAAAACUAGAAGCUUUUCUGAGAGCAGUUAAAGCAGUUAACCAACAAGUUUUUUCAGUCUUGGAUGCUACCAGUUCUGGGAGAGUGGACUUAGGCAUGUUCUAUGCUUUCAUUGCUCCCAUCUGUGCUGGGGAACCAAGGAAUCGCAAGCGGGCGGCCUUUGAUGCUCUGUUGUGGCGCUCGAAGAAUAAGGGUCAAGGUGUAAUCAGAAAGGUUGAUGCAUUAAUCUACAUGAGAUACUUGAGGCUAAUUUAUUUCCCUUCUCAAGGAUAUAGUGACCAACUGGUAGUACAUGUAGAAGAGGAGAACAAGAUGAUUUCAUUCCCUGAGUUCCUCCAAAUAUUUGAUGAUGACCAAUGGCGCUUCUACAUCAUCUUGAACACUUUGAUGAAGCUUGAAACCCGUUGA